AUGAGAAAACACGGAGGCAACAAUAAGAAGCCUUCAAACAACAACAAUAAGAAGGGAGGAAAUAACCCUGCUGGUAAUCAAAAAGGUGGAGCCGGAAAGAAGUUUGGUGGCGCUGGAAAGAAGGCACCAAACCAACAAAAAAGAAAGGCAGAAGAAAUUGUCAAGGAUGAUGAUGUUCACUUGAGUGAUUUGGAUGAAGCCGAUUUUGAAUUUGCUGAAAGAAUGAGUAGUCUUGCUGAUUUGAAAGAGUCCGACUUUGAUAAGAAGAAAAAGAAGAAACAAAAAUUCAACAAACCAGAUCCUUCGGAAAUGAUUUCUGAUGAUGAAAAGGAACCAACAGUAUCCGAAGAUGAGGAUGAUUUGAAAGUAAAACAAUUAGAAGAAACCUACUCUAAAGGAAGACUCUCAAAGAUUAUGGAAAAGACUGAAAAAGUUUUGGAAGAAAAUGAAAAGGAAGAAUCACAAAAGAAGGUCAAAUUAAAGCUUCCAAUUAAGGGUGAGGAUGGUACCAUUAAAAAACAACUUCAAGUUAUCCAAGAAAAGGAGGAAAAGAAGAAAGUUUUGACAAAGCAAGCAAAGAAGGAUAAAAAGGAACAACAAAAGAGAAAUGAGGAACAAGAAGAGGAUGAUAUGGAGGAUGAAAUUGAUGAAGAGGAAGUGUUUGAUUCACUGAAUACUAAAAUUGAGGAGGAAACAGACGAAACCAAAAAGGAAAGAGAAGCCAAAAAGCAAGAAAAGAUUAGACUUCAACAAAUUUUGGAAGAUCCUAUUUUGAGAGAAAACAGAAGACAAAAAUUAAGAACUGAAAUUGGUGCAUUGGCUUCCUCCAUUUUAGAAUUGCCAGAUGUUAAUUUAAUCAAAAUUUCUAGAAUUUAUGACUUGUGUAUGGAUGGAGAUGUUUUUGUGAAAAAGAUUGCAGUUCUCUCCAUGUGUGCUCUUUUCAAGGAUUUACUUCCUGAUUACAAGAUUAACUUGGAAGUUGCUGCUGAAGGUACUCGUUUCUCAAAGGAAGUUAAGACAAGAAGAAACUUUGAAAGUAAUAUUUUGAAACACUAUCAAAAAUAUGUACUCUAUGUAGAGAAACAUGCCAAGACUCCUUCCUCUAAAAUUCAAUUGAUUUGUGCCAAGAGUUUGUGUGAACUUUUGGUUAAUAGACCAUACUUUAACUUUACCAAUGAUAUUAUUAGAAUUAUUGUUCCACAAUUGAACUCUAAGGUUGACAAAGUGAGAGAACUUGUUGCUCAAAGCAUUUCUGAACUCUUUGCCAACGAUCCAACUAAGGGUGCAACCAGUUUAGAUAUUGUUGAGGAAAUUGCUGCCGUAAUUGUAAGGAAAAAGUAUGAAGUUUCUCCAACCAUGUUCGAUGUUUUCUUGUCCCUCAAGUUAAAGACCAUUUUGAAAGACAAGGUUUUACCUGAAAAUAUUGUGAAUAGAAAGAAGAAUAAGAGAAAUAAGAAGAAGGCUAAGGAUCUUUCAGAUGGUGAAGAAUUGAGAAGAGAUUUGAAGGAAGCUGAAGGUGCAUCAAACUCUGAACAAAAGAAGAAUCAAACUGAUAUUUUGAGAAAUAUCAUUGUUUGUUAUGUCAGAGUUCUCAAACAACAACCUGAAUCACCAAUCGUUUUCAGUGCUUUGGCAGGUUUGGCCAAGUUCUCCCACUUGAUGAAUGUUGAUAUAUUGUACUCUCUCUUGGAUUAUAUGAAGGCCUUGUUGGAAUCUGCUGAUAAUAUCAAUGAAUUGGUUGCCUCACAUUUAGAUGAAAAUGAAUCAAAGGCUUUCAAACCAAUUGAAUUACCAAUCAGAACUGUUUUACAAACCCUCAUCACUACUGCCAGACUUUUGACAGGUAUUGGUAGUGCCAUCGAUAUUGAUCCAAAGGAAUUCUAUACUCAACUCUACAAUGCCAUUGAUAGAGUUAUUUCAUUACCAUAUGAAGAAACCAACCUUAGAUUGCUUUUGGACGCUCUUGUGUUGCUCUUAUUGAAGCCAGCCAAAUUGCCAAUUACCAGAGUUGCUGCCUUUAUCAAAAAGUUAUGUUGCUACUGUUUCACCACAUCCAUCCAUAUUACAUUGGCCUUCUUGGAAAUUAUUAAGGAACUCUUCAUAAAAUAUCCAAAUGCCAAGCAAAUGCUCAGUGGAGAAGAAAGUGGUAUUGGUAACUAUUCAUUCGAUGAAACUGUUCCAGACAGCACAACUCCAUUCUCUAGUCCAUUGUUCGAAUUGGGUCAAAUUCAAACUCACUACCACCCACAACUCAAAUACAGUUUAGAUGGUAUCAGAAGUGUUUUGGGUCUCGUAACCAAAUUCCAACAAACCAAAGCCAGAGACGAAUUCAAACUCUUAUCAUGUGAUGAAUAUCAAAAUAUUUUAACAGAGUUCGAUCCACAAAACGUCAAAUUCAAACCACCAGUGCAAGCUCCAACCUCACAUCCACUCCAAGAAAAAUUAGAAAGACUCAGCGAAAAGAAGAAUAAUCCAGAAUUUAACAAGAAGAAGAAGCAAAAACUCCAAGAAAAGCAAAUCUACGUUUCUCCAUCACUUCUUCACAUGAGAUCAACUUUUGCCCUUGAUUGUCUCUCUAAAUCAUCGACAUUACGUUUGUAA